AUGCCAGCGAAAGGACAUUACAACCCUCACGUAUCGAUUAUUAAACAAAUCAUGAAUGAUGAUCGAUAUGAAAUUUCAAUGCCGAUCGCCAAUUUUUGGACAUCCAAUCUAACGAAAUGGGUUCAUGAUGAUUUUUCGAAUUUUAGAAUCAUUUCAAACACUCGGGAAGCAUUGGAUUCACAAGUUAAUCCAUCAACUGUUAAAUUUUAUUGUUACGGAGAUUGGAUGGCCGUCAAUGCUUCAGAGUUAUCGCCAUUCGAAAGAUUAAAGACCAUUUCAAUGCUUUCUGUGAACGCUUACAAUUUCUUGAUGGAAAGAUUUGAGAAUUUUCCAGAAGAAAGACCUGAUAUCAUUGUAUUAGAUAUGGUGGAUAUAUAUUUUGCAUAUUACGACAUGUUUCAGCAAUUGAAUAUCAAAUAUAAUCAUAGUGUGAAAUUGUUGACCAUUGCAACCUCUUUAACAGAUUUUUUGGAGACUGAUUAUUUUCCUCUCCAUCAUCCAAAUGUAUUUUGUGAGUUAAUUUGGGGACUAUUCACAGAUCACUUGGUUGGAAAAGCUUCCAUUCUUCAUCCUUAUUAUCAGUAUUUCAAGUCAAGACUUUGGAAAAGAUCUUUAGGAUCCAUGGCUUUAAGUUUCUUUACUAAAUAUGGCAUUUAUCCACUUGCUCGAUCCGUAUUUCACUUCAAUGGAAUUUGGAACAUUAGAACCAAAUACAAGAAGAAUUUGAUCUUUGGACCAUUCUCAAAACAAUGGUAUUAUGAAUUGGCAGCUCAGUAUCCAACACUAACACUGACCGUUCCAGGUGUGUUGGAACAAGUCGGGUUAAAGUCAUAUCCUCGUUUCUUUGAUGUAGGAUAUAGCUUACCCUUACAUCCAGAUACUCAAGACACUGAGUUAAAAGAAUGGCUUGAUUCCCUUGCUCGUCACAAUCACAAGGUCAUUUUCAUUAGUACGGGAAGUCAAUGGAAACUCAGUGAGGAAUCCAAUCGAAAAAUUAUUCGAGGCCUCUCAUUACUGUUGAAAACUCAUCGAGAUUGGCAUGCAUUGAUGAGAGUGGAGACCAAUCAGAUUGCUAAAUUGCAACAAGAAUUGGAAAGAGAUGUGGAAUGGAGAAAUAGAGUCAAUAUCACCGAUGCAUUCCUCCCUCAAUUAUUCAUUCUCAAUCAUAAGGCAGUUUCUUUGUUUGUGACCCAUUGUGGAUUUAACAGUGUCAGUGAAGGUCUGUUUUAUGGUAAACCCAUGAUUGGUAUUCCUAUCAUGGCCGAUCAAUUUGUCGUAUGUAAUCGAUUACAAGAUAAGGGAAUGGGUGAUUGGAUUUAUUCAAAAUGGAUUGAACCAGAAACAUUUAGUCAACUGAUUGAAACAACCUUAUUGAGUGAACAGAAGCAACAAAAGGUGGAAUGGGCCAAACGAUUGUAUCAGAAAUAUUCUGGCAAUCCAGACAAUAUUCAUCAAGUCAUUGAGUUUAAAAUGGAUUAUUUUGAUCAUCACACGACAUUGAUGGAUGAACAAACUGGAGGAAAUCCCAACGGAGGCAUAUCAUCAUCAUCGUCCUUUAAAAUAGCAACAACCUCUACUUCCACUUCCAUCAAUAAUCCAACCAUCAAUACCCAGCUCUCCAACAGACCUCCAUUUCCUCUGACACGUGGAAACAACAAUGGAUCUUCCAGCACUCAACUAAAUACACAAUUCAACCAAAGAACAAACACAACAACAAACCAUUUCCGUACGAGAAGCUUUGGGACGGGUACCCAAAACGAUCUUGACAACAUGAUGAUGUAUCAUCAACCACAACAAGCGUACAAUCGAUAUGGUCAGAACAUAUCCACUUCCUUUACACCUCCUGAUACAUUUGACUUGAUGGAUUACGAAUUAUUGUUGAUGCAACACAAGAAACACAUUGAACAGCAACAACAGCAACAAUCACAAGUCAAUGCAGGUGUCACCUCUCCCAACAAAUUCAAUCUUCAACUUCCAUUGGCAAAUAUGCCUUCCAACACAACAACAAAUGCGAAUACCACACCCCGGGGUGCUACAACGCCACGUGGAGGUACCACGACACCACGAGGUGCUACAACACCAAGACGAGAACGAACGGAUCAAAAUGCAACAGGAGAAGAGGGAGCUGUGAGCGAGGAAGAACCAGUGAGUCCUGCAGCAGCUGAUGAUGCUUCAACUCGUGGUGUUCCCCCCAAACUUAUUCAGCAACCACAACAGCAAAACAUGAACACUACCUCAUCAACAAAUCAAAAUGCUACUGAUUUACUUUUUCACAAAGUUACUCCCUCUUCUUCAAAUCAAGCAAAACCUAAACAACCACCUGUCACACAAAAUCUUGAUUCACUAUUGACAAUUGAGUUAAAACCAAGGAGAAAUCCAGCUCUUGGAAAUGGAAUGCUUCAAGAAUACAGACCUACCACGAGUCCUCUUGUGAGAUAUAUUGCUACCUUUGUUCCUCAUAAACGAGGAGGGGUGCAUAAGGUCAAUGUACCAAUACCUACCAUUUCUGCACAUAGCGGAUCUGGAUCAUCACUUACAUUUACACCAACUGAUUUAAUUCGAAAAGCUCUCGAGCUGUACAGGAGAGAAACUGAUUUAGAACCCAUUUCGAAUGAUGACAGAGCUUAUCAAUUGAGAGUUGCCGAGGAAGACGGACUUCCCGAUCUUAGUUGGCCAACAUUAACAAAGGACAAAACAGUUAUUGAACAAUUAGGAAAUGAAAAAUUAGUACUGGUCUAUGACCGAGACUUUCAACCAGUUUCAUCGAGUGGAUCGCUUGCAACUGACGACGAAAAUUCUUCAAAUAACAAAAAUAGGAAGGAACUCAAUAUUAAGUUCGGUGGUGAGGAAGUUUUCACUAAAUUCAAUUUGGAAGAUAUUCGAUUACAAGUAUAUUUACCUCCAACAAAUCAUUCAUGUACGACUCCUGUUUCUUCAAAUCCCAAUCCAAAUAUAUUUACAACAGGAAUGUCAGCCAAUACUCCUCGAAAUUAUUUCAAACUUGUACCAGUAUCUCCAGAAUUAUUGCUCAAAGAUUUGCAAAAAGUACUUUGCCAACGUUUUUCCUUGAAUCCCAAAAAGUAUACUUUACGUUAUAUUGGAAGAGACAAUGUAGAGAGAGAAAUUAGCAAAAAUCAUAGAGACAAAACAUUAUAUUCGUUAGGAAGUUUGAUUGAACGAGUAGUGCUUGUAAGAACGGCACCUUAUGAAAAUGAUUUUGAGUCAACACCUAACAAGGACCUUUCAGGAUCUCCAAGUCAAUCAAGCUUGGCUGGAGUCGGGUCACCACCUGCGUACGUCAUUCCAUUCAUGACACCCUAUGACAAUACCGAAAAUGUGUAUCAUGUUAUCAAGACAAACAAGUUUGGAUCAAGACAAGAGAGAAUUCUUAGCUUUGAUUCGGAAAAUAUUUAUAAUAGCAAGCCAGCUUCUACAUUUCUUGGCUUCCAAAGUAAUAGAUCCACAAAACAUCCAAAGAGACCAAUUACUAGUCUCAAAACUGUUGAAUGCGAUCCUGCCAAUCCAAAGUGUUUUACUUUAGCCUUUGAAGAUGAAACAUUAUAUUAUGAAGCCAGAACAGCUGUUGAGGCUGAAACUAUUGUAAAAAGACUUGAGCAUUUGUUGCUUGUGAAAAAUCAUCCAAUGUACAGAAGAAACCGAAAUUCAUUUUCUGCUGCUAGAGCUUUGUCUGAUUUAGCACCAAGAAGGUGA